UCUGCUGAUCAGCAGCCCCCAGAGCCUGGCUCCUCUUUGUUCCAUUGUGUGUACCCCCCUCUCUCUCUCUUUCUCUCUCGUAGCAUUGGUGGGAGGGAGCCCGGCGUUCACAUCAAUAUUCCCUCAGCUGACAGAAGGAUGCAGCCUGCACACAGCCGCCAUCCCUGACCGAGCCUGGCCGCAGACGAAGGAGCAUGGCGGAGGUGAAGUGUGCCAACGGGAUGGUGGUGAACGCCGAGCUGGAGGUGAAGAAGCUGCAGGAACUGGUAAGGAAGCUGGAAAAGCAGAACGAGCAGCUUCGGAACCGAGCCAGCGCCGUCAGCAACUGUACCGCCAGCCCGCACCUGCUGCUGCCACCUACCCCUCCUGCAAUGCAUCAGGCGGGCACAUGUUUGUCCCGACCCAACGGACUCUGCCUGCCCAGCCCGGUGCCCACUCUGCUCUGCGGGAGCCUGGGAUACUUCAACAGCAGGCAGCCGCUGGCCUGUCUCAGUGCCACAGAGGGGCCACUAGCUGAACAUUCAGGGGUCACCACCGUCCUGGAUGAAGUGGACAUCCUGGACCUGGAGGAUGGCUAUGGCAGUGAAGACGAGGAGAGCUGGUUAUAUGUGUCACCUUUUAAGAAGCAAAGGCCAUUUGAGACCAGCCUUAGCCCAAGGGAGUGGUGCAGGCAGGUUCUGGAUAAUCCAUCUCCUGAAAUAGAAGCAGCCAAACGAUCCCUCUGCUUUCGACUUGAGCAAGCUGGUCGCUGGAGGAGUCUCUUUUCCACUCCUGUAUCCAUGUCUUUUCCAUAUAGUCCAGUUGCGAGACUCACUCCAUAUUUCAACGGUGUUAAUUCUCCCAGCAUCCCUAAAACCCCAACUAAAGCAAUACUAACACCAGAAAAGACAGGUUAUAAUUUCAAGAGCUCACCUCUGAGCCCACAGUCUUCAAUAGACAGUGAACUAAGCACUUCAGAACUAGAAGAUGACUCAAUUGCUAUGGGAUACAAGCUACAGGACCUUACUGAUGUUCAGAUCAUGGCGCGAUUACAAGAAGAAAGUCUUAGGCAAGAUUUUGCAUCUACCUCUGCUUGCAGUUCAGUAACACGGCAUCGCUCUAGCCUUUCACUAUAUCCUGGAAAGAAAGCACCAAGUGCCAACAGUGACCAUGAAUCUGACAGAUACAGUGUUGAAGACGAAGAUGAAGACUUUGACCUUUUACCUCCACCUCAGCCUCGACUUAGUCGCUGCUCCCCACUGCAGAGAGGCAUUCCUCAUUCCCAGACUUUCUCUAGUAUUCGGGAUUGCAGGAGAAGUCCCAGCUCCCAGUAUCUUAAUUCAAAUGGAUAUCAGCAAUAUAAUUUUUCAUCCCAAGCUCAGACGCCAGAACAAACACAAAACAGAACUAAUGCAGAUAAACUACGUAGAAGUAUGCCUAAUUUGGCUCGCAUGCCAAGCACAGCACCAAGCACUGUGGUUUCCCCAGUCACUGUGCGAAACAGCCAAAGUUUUGAUUCUAACCUCCAUGGCGCAGCAAAUGGGAUGUCAAGGCUGCAGUCAAGUAUACCGUCCCCUGGUCAGCUGCAGCAAAGGGUCCACAGUGUGGGUAAUUUCCCAGUAUCAAUGAGGCCACCUCUGAAAGCCACAGCCUACGUAAGCCCAACUAUACAAGGAAGCAGCAGCAUUCCACAGUCAACUAGUUUACAGUGUAUAUCAAGUUCUGGGAUCCCUAUGCCAAACAAAACUGCAAGUUCGUUGCCUGUAAGAAGUGCACUACCCAGGCCAUCGCUGACGAGUACAGGGGGAAGCAGUAUACCUCGCAGCAAGAUUUCUACUCCACCACGCAGUUUUAUUCAGCCUCCGAAGACUCUAUCAUCACUGAGCACACUGCGAGAUGGAAACUGGAGAGAUGGAUGCUAUUGAUCUGUUUCGAAUGAUGAGCUUACACUUCUAUAAAAGCAAUUUUGAUCAAUGUGUAUUUUUCCCAGCGGGCUGGGUAAAAAUAGUGUAAGACGACACAUCUCUUUGAGAUUUUAACAUUUGUAAUAUAUGUGUUAUGUGAGAGAACUGUCAAAAGACAAUGUAGCUCUUAAAUGUUUGACGUGAAAUGAUAAAUGGAUUUUUUA